AUGGGAAUUUUUUCAUUAAAAACAAAGAUUGAAAUAUUCUACACUUACAUUACAGAUGAUAGCGUAAAAAUUAGGGUAAAUUAAUAGAUUAGAUUUUAUAAUUCAGAUAAGAUGCACUCCAAGUUAAAAUUAAGGAUUUGCAAAAGCUAAAUUACUAUGUAAUUUUACAGGUUAAAAGUGAGUUUUUAAAUGGCGAAAUUUUGCAGUAACUAAAUAUGUUUCGGCGAAAAAAAAAAGCAAUUAUGGAGAUUAAUGUGUGGAAGAAGAGUGAAUUAGGAUAAUUAUUAAUAAAUUAGAUAAAUGAAAAAGUAAUAAUUGAACAAAUAUUAAGAAUAAACAAACAUUGGUGUAUUUGUGAGAUAAUUCUAAAUGAAAGAAAAUUUGAGGAAAAGUCGUAGAAAAAGAAAGAUAAUAAUGACGAAAGAAAUAAUUGGUAUAAUGAUGGUGAAAAAAGUAAUUCAAAUUAAGAAAGUGGUUUUUUUGAAUUUGAAAAUAGUGUUUGGUUGUAAAAUAGUAAAUUUUUUGGUAAAAUAGAAGAGGUUAUUAUUAAAAAUGAAUUAGAAGUUAUUUACUUGCUUUUUUCUUAGUUUACUAUUAAUAGAUCUACUUGUAAGAUUAUUUUGA